CCUGCUUCGGAUGCACAUUAACACCUCGUCAGCUGUUACUUUUCUCUCAGAGGACGAUGGCUUCCAUGGGGAUGCAGAUGGCUGGCUGCGCCCUGGCUCUUUUCGGCUGGAUCGGGGUGAUCGUUGUCUGCGGUGCACCCAUGUGGCGGGUCACCGCUUUUAUUGGCAACAACAUAGUGACAUCUCAGGUCAUGUGGGAGGGCAUCUGGAUGAGCUGCAUGGUCCAGAGUACAGGCCAGAUGCAGUGCAAGGUGUAUGACUCCAUGCUGGCUCUGGGUACUGACCUCCAGGGGGCCCGGGCCCUGGUGGUGGUCUCCAUCAUCACAGGCAUCAUAGGGCUCCUCGUCGCUUUCGCUGGUGGAAAGUGCACCAACUUCAUUCCAGAGAAGAGGACCAAGGCGAAGGCUUCAGUGGUAGCUGGUGUGAUCCUGAUCAUCAGUGGAUUACUCUGCAUUAUCCCUGUUUCCUGGACUGCCAGCAUUAUCAUCAGGGACUUCUACAAUCCUCUGCUUGUUGACGCUCAGAAAAGAGAGCUGGGGGCUUCUCUUUACGUCGGCUGGGGCGCCGGGGCUCUGCUGGUCUGCGGAGGAGCACUUCUGUGUGCCAGCUGUCCCCCCAAAGAGGAUGAGACCCCCUCUGUGAAGUACCUCCUGAACAAGUCUGGAGGAAAUAGCAAAGAGGAUUCACUCCAAUCUUUUACACCAACAAAGACGUAUAUUUGAGACUUCUAAAAGGGGAGAAGAGAAGUCUGGUUGAUGAAACUUGUUGCUGUGAAAUAUCAAGAAAAGACUUAAACACAGGCAACCCACAAUGAAGGAAACGUGCACUUUGGAUGUAUGAAGAUGAAGUCUGACAUCUUUGAAUAUUCGUAUUGUUACUCUCGGUAUUGUAUAUAGGGCAUUUUACAUGUUUGGGAAAGUGGUCUGUUUCUUUCAGUUCUUUUGAUAUUUGUGAUUUAAUUUUUCCGCAAUAAAUGACCUUUGUAUUGUAAGGCUUUUUCUCUCUUAAGCUUCUUGUUUAUAUAUUUCAUAUAUAUGAGCCUGUGGUUAGACCAAAACACAGAGAGAACCUGUUUGUCAGGUACCAAAGAUCACUAUCCAGGGAACAAACGUGGUGACUCAGGGACUUAAAAUCCUGUUGGCUGAUCUGCUGAGUAAAGAAUGACCUGCUUUGAAAAGUUUCACCCAUCACUGUCAACAUUUGCUGCAUAAAUACUCAUUCCUGUAAUUAAAAAGGGGAUUAUCU